AUGUCAUCGCCUCCGGAUCUGCCCUCUCUCAAGGCUCAAGACACGGAGCCGGGUGUGUUAUCUCCCACGCCUUCGGCAUCUCAGCCUCGAUAUGAUGUCCCCAAACGUGUGGUCGACAUGUAUAUAAAGCCGCGGAAAACCAUUGUCAACAAAUUGAAGUUUACCCCUCCAUUUGACGCCGUGGAGGUCGGCAGGACAGUUCAAUUCGGGUGUUACCCAAAGCGUGAGCUGAAGGAACCAGGUUUUGAGGACGGAGGCCGAAACUCGCCCAUCCUAACAACGAAUUGCGCUCUCGACCUGGUUCGCAGUCCGGAUGCCAUGCAUUGGUACACCUUUGCCAAUAGCGACGUGAUAUGGGACAUAAUGACCAAACCAGUAUCAAAUCGGGAAUAUCACACCUCAGGAAGCGAGGUCAUGCCCUUUGGUCCCGCCAACUCAGCCGCUCUCACUUCCGAUUACCAGAAACCCCUUAUUCCCCGAUACGCCACGGCCGUCCCCGAAUCGCCCCCGGAUCCCACCAAUGAUCCCUACGCCAGGGUGUGGAGGGAGCCUGCUGCCCUCGAAACGGUUGAGCCCUGGAAAGACAAAGUAGCACAAACAGCUGAGAAUGUGGAUCCCGACGGAAUUCCUCUCUCUCCUCCAUCAGUCUACCUGAAAAGUUCUUCUUCUUCGAGGAGGUCCUCGACAGUGGCAGUUCCUGCCUCCAAUGGUGAAUAUUUGAAAGAGAACACAGAGAUUAAACCGCUGUCUCAAAUCACAGUGGAGGAGAAGGAACUGGACACUGAGGAUGUGGAAACUCAGAGCCAAUCUGGGGAUGAAGUUAUGCACAUAGAUGCCGCCAAUGCCUCGGAUAGCGGCGGAUCACCCAUGGACCUUGAUGAAGAGGUGUCCUAGUCCCUCGCGAGCCCUGAAAGAAUACGGUGGCGUCUGGUGGCUAAUGAAAUUAAGUAGUUGAAGGAGGGGAUAUGUGCGUUCGUUGGAGUUGAUGCUUGCAGAGACGGAUGGGUGGUGAAUGUUGGAAGAAGCGAACAUGCCGGUAUUCAUGAUCUCCAGCGAGAUUUUAAUCUUGUUGUUCUAUUGUAUUGACUUGGGAUGGCCACAUCGCUUACCAUCAAACAAACAUUACGAGCAAUAGAUAUCGCUCACAUUAAGACACUUGACUUUGGGACUUUGGAAACGCAGAUUGCCGGGAGGGAAACAAAGGAGAAACAACAGCGAAUGCCGAGGCAGACAUAAUAUAGACUUGAAUACUUCCCGAACAGCCAUUACC